AUGCCUUCUAACUUAUUGUCAUGUUUUUUGGAUCCAGAGCGCGAUCGCUCUGGUGAAAAUGAAAUGAAGUGUUAUAAUAUUCAAGGAGACCAGAUAGGUAAUAUUCUUGGUGGAUUUAUUUCGGGUGGAGGAGGAAGUGGAGGUGGUUCUCAUAGCGGAGGUGGUGGUGGUGUGAAUGUUGGUGACAUUGCUGGUAUUCUUGGAGGCUUAGCUGGAUCAGGUAGCAAGGGCGAUAAGCUCGGGGGUUUGAUUAGUGGUAUUGGUGGACUUAUUGGCAAGAAAGGAGGACAGUACGGUGGUGGAGGGCCAAAUGUAAACCCAAGCAGUUUGAACGGUGGUAUGGUCGAUGUUGUCAGUGGUCUUGUUGGACAUCUAGCUCACCGUUUUCUUAAUGUUGAUCCUUCUACUGGACGUAUCAUUGGUGCUAUUGCUGGCAAUUUGAUUUUCAAUCUUGGUGGAAAGGACAACAACCUUGGAGCUGUUGGCAAAAUUGUUCUGGACAAUAUUAUUAGUGGUAAAUUCAAAAGAAAGGUUGAUCCUUAUGUACCACCUGAGCCAUCUAUACGACCUUCUGUGCCGACUCCUGACAGAUUAGCUGAGGAAGGUCUCGAUUUCUACGCUGAACGAGAUCGCUGUCUUGCUGAACGGCAACUGUUUGAAGAUCCGCAGUUUCCCGCAGAAGACAGAAGUUUAUUUUUCAGCAAACGCCCACCUAAGCAUAUUGAAUGGAAACGACCUGGGGAAAUAUGUGAAGACCCGCAAUUGAUCUAUGAAGGACAGUCUCGUUUUGAUGUUGUCCAAGGAGAACUAGGUGAUUGUUGGCUUUUGGCUGCUGCUGCAAAUCUUACUCUGAAAGAUGAACUAUUUUAUCGAGUUGUUCCACCAGAUCAAAGUUUUACAGAGAAUUAUGCAGGUAUAUUUCACUUUCAAUUCUGGCAUUAUGGCUCGUGGGUUGAUGUUGUCAUCGACGAUCGUUUACCGACUUGUAAUGGUGAACUGUUGUAUAUGCAUUCUAGAGACAACAAUGAAUUUUGGAGCGCUUUGUUGGAAAAAGCUUAUGCAAAACUUCAUGGUUCUUACGAAGCAUUAAAAGGUGGCACAACAAGCGAAGCAUUGGAAGAUUUUACUGGUGGUUUGACAGAAUUUUUCGAUCUUAAUCAGCCUCCUAAACAUUUGAUGGAAAUGAUGAUGAGAGGUUUUGAGAUGGGUUCGCUAUUUGGAUGCAGCAUUGAAGCAGAUCCAAAUGAGUGGGAAGCACGAAUGAGAAAUGGCUUAGUCAAAGGUCAUGCCUACAGUAUAACAGGAAUGAAAAUGCUUAAUAGUCGUCGUCGUCCCAUACCACUGUUGCGCAUUCGUAAUCCAUGGGGUAAUGAACAAGAAUGGAAUGGUGCAUGGUCAGAUAAUUCAGCAGAUUGGAACGAGAUUUCGCGGGAAGAGAGGGAGGAAAUGGGAUUAGUUUUCGCUCACGAUGGAGAAUUCUGGAUGUCAUUCGAUGAUUUCUUACGUUAUUUCGAAAAAAUGGAAAUAUGUAACUUAGGACCAGAGGUCAUGGAUGAAGUGAGUGAAAUGACGGGUGUUCGAUCGACAAUGAAUCGUUGGGCAACGAAUACUCAGAAUGGUGCAUGGAUUGCUAAUCAGACGGCAGGUGGAUGCAGAAACUAUAUCGAAACAUUCCCAAUGAAUCCGCAAUACCGCAUUCAGUUGUCUGAUGCAGAUCCAGAUGAUGAUGAUAAUUUAUGUACGGUAAUUAUAGCCGUGUUGCAAAAGUAUCGACGUGAAAUGAAACAUGCGGGUAUUGAAAAUCUACCGAUUGGAUUCGCCGUUUAUGACAUGGGGAACUAUACCGGACGUUUACCAAAAGCAUAUUUUCAGCAGCAUAAAUCAUGCGCAAGAUGUCCUGCAUUUAUUAACUUAAGAGAGGUUAGUGGUCGUUUUCGCCUUCCGCCAGGGAAUUACGUUAUCGUACCGUCAACUUUCGAACCGAAUGAAGAAGCGGAGUUUAUGCUUAGAAUUUAUACGAACGGGCUGGUUGAAUCAGAGUAA